UGUUCGUGCCUAUACCUUACAUCAUAAUAUAAUAAUAUAAUAUUAUUAUCAUAAAUCGAAUAAAAUAUUAUCGACUCGAACCAAUAGUGACCGAGUUCAAUACAAACGCGUACCUACUACUUACCUAAAGUUUAUUAUUUAGUAUAUAAUAUAGUUUUAAUAGUGCAUAAUAUUAGUAUCUGCUGCAUACAUUGUGCGGGAUGAACUGCAUAUAAACGUAACUAUAUCGAUCGACUGAUGUUCAUAAUAUUAUAAUUAUUGUACGAUGAGUAUCAUAUCCAUAAUAAAAAAAAAAUGUCAAAAAAACGAAUUGACCAACGAUGAGAUCAAAUUUUUCGUAAAAUGUACAGUGGACGGAUGCAUAGACCAAUGUCAAAUCGGAGCGAUGUUAAUGGCCUUGUAUUUAAACGAUUUGACCAAUGCCGAGGUCUGUAACAUGACCACGGCUAUGGCGAAUUCGGGGAAAAUACUCAAAUUUAGAUCGUCGGCAAUUGUCGUGGACAAACACAGCACCGGUGGCGUCGGGGAUAAAGUUUCGAUUCCUCUCGUACCUGCGCUGAGUGCCGUGCAAGAAGAUUUCAUCAUACCGAUGGUGUCGGGCAGGGGACUCGAGUUUACCGGUGGCACGUUAGACAAACUCGAGAGUAUACCUGGAUUUUCCGCGUUUAGUUUCGACGACCAACAACUGUUGGACAUAGGUAAUAAUUUCGGGUGUUUUAUCGUUGGCUCGGACGAUUUAUCGCCUGCUGAUUCUGUUCUUUAUAAAGCUCGAGAUGUCACUGCUACGGUCGAUAAUGCUGGAUUGAUUAUAGCGUCUAUAAUAUCUAAAAAAGCAGCUGCCGGUAUUAAAUAUUUAAUACUUGAUUUAAAAGUCGGAUCAGCAAGUUUUUUCCGUUCAAUCGAUGAAGCUAAAACCUUUGGACAACAAUUUGUUUUAGUGGCUAAACUGAUGGGUAUUGAAUGUAGAGCGUUGAUGACUAGAAUGUCAGCACCGAUUGGUAAUUAUGUUGGAAAUUCUUUGGAAAUAUUAGAAUCCAUAAAUUGUUUAAAAGGAAAAGGACCAAGUGACUUACAAACUCUCAUUGAGCUAAUCGGCGGACAUCUAUUAGAAAUGACUCAYAAAGUAAGGUCGGUGAAUGAAGGUCGUAAGCGGAUGGCUCAGUCGUUAAAUAAUGGAACAGCUUUGGAAAAGUUUAAGCAAAUGUUAAUCGAAUUGAGAGUCGAUGAACAGAUAGCAGAUGAGUUAUGCUAUGGUAAUACAACUUCCGUUUUACCAAUGGCUAAAUUUGUGAUAGAAAUCAAGUCUUCUACUUCAGGUUACGUGAAUGACAUAGAUGGUAUGACUAUUGCUAAAGUUUGUAACAAAUUGGGUGCCGGAAGACAAUUUUCUAAUCAAGCGAUCGAUCCAGCAGUCGGUGUUCGCUUACUAGUAAAAAAAGGCGAUCACGUGGAAAUUGAUACUGUUUGCAUGGUUUUAUAUCAUAAUGAGACUGAUUUGAAUGAAUCAUAUUUAAUUUUAUUACAACAAUCGAUUGAACUAAUGACUGAAAUUGUAGAACCAGAAAAUAUUGUACUAGGAGUUAUUGAUUGUAAUUAAUAGUAGUUCUAAGGAUAAUUUUAAUUUUGAAUUCAGUUUAAGAUUAAGGCCUAAUUAUAAUAUCUAAAYGACUAUAUCAAUUUUUACGUUUGAUUUAAAUUACACGAACUAUUAAAAAAAUUUUUUUUCUACUCAUUAAUAAUUUGUUAUCAAUAAUAUUGUUAAAACAUUGWACUAUUAACGGACAGAUAAAAAAGGCAGAUACUUCUAAGUUAUGAUCAUCAUAUUAUGAAAAUUAAAAAUAUAAUAAUAUGGAAAUCAUAAACUGUAGAUAUAUCACUAAUUACAUUAAUAUUUUGUAUCAAAAAGGCACUCAUAGUUAUAUAGGUAUAG